AUGCACCUUUCUCUUCCUGGCCAUAUCGACUUUGCCAAUAUGCCUUACAUUGAUAAAACUGGUCAAGUACAGGAUAAUCUCCCAAUAAAUCAACAAAUCGUGAGAUUCUUUCUUGCAAUUUGGAAUUUGAUCAAAUUAUUUUGGGCAACAUUGAUGGGACAAGAUGUCAAUACGGCAAUUCAAAGAACAUCUCGUCGUUCGAACGGAAAUGGGGGCAAUGGAUCAAGCACAGGAUCUCGCGGUAAUGAUAUGAAUACCUUGAACAGGAGAAAUGCACCAUCUGUUCCUGGUCUUUACGGAGAAGCACCUUGCUGUGGCCGAUGA